AUGGUGUCAUACCAUACAGAUAGUGGUCACGGUUGGAGUGAGGGAGAUACAGGACAUAUUGAUGAGAUGCCAGAUUUGAAUUCAUCAGUUCACUGCAAGCUGAAUCCAUCAGUGUCGUAUCAUGUCCACAGCCCACAUAUGAAGCCAGUGCAUCAGGCAUUUGACACAAGCACUCUGCCAAGCUUCUCCAACACUUUUUCUUCUUUCUUUCUAUCUAUCUUUGUCCUCAUUUCUUUCUGUUUUUUCCUCUCUCACUUUCUCUCUUUCCCUUCUUCAAUUUGUCUUUCUUCACCACUCUCUCUCUCUCCUCCUAUCUCCUCUACUCUCUAUCUCACCUCUUCCUCUAUAUCUAUGACCCUCUAUUUCAUUCCCUACCUUCUCCUCUCUGUUUUCAUUUCUCUCUCUCUCUCUAUGCCUUCCUCUCUCUCUCUCUAUCCUCUCUCUCUCUAUGCCUUCCUCUCUCUCUCUAUGCCUUCCUCUCUCAUUGUACCAUCUUCCCUCUUCUCACCAAAAUAUCUAUAUCUCUAUAUCUAUAACUCUUUUUCUUUCUUUCCCUCCAACACUCUAUCCUCCAUAUUCCCUUUCUUUCUCUUCAUCACUUUCUUUCCAUGCCUUCCUCUAUCAUUGGCUCUAUCUCUCUUUCACUUCUUUCUUUAUCUCACCCUUUAUUUAUAUCUAUGCCUUUCUCUCUCUGUUUGCUUCUCUUUCUUUCCUUCUCUUCGCCCUCCCUUUCAGCUCUCUAUUCCCUUUUCUUUCUCUACUCCUCUCUCUAUAUUUUCUCUUUCUCUCUUUCUCAAUUCUUAUUUACCUUACUUUUUUCUAAACACAAAAGUUUUGCAUUAUAAUUUUCUAUCUAUCUAUUUGUCUAUCUAUCUCAGUCUGUUCAUUAUCUAUCUAUCUAUCUAUCUAUCUCAGUCUGUUCAUUAUCUAUCUAUCUAUCUAUCUCAGUCUGUUCAUUAUCUAUCAUCUAUCUAUCUAUCUCAGUCUCAGUCUGUUCAUCUAUCUAUCUAUCUCAGUCUGUUCAUUAUCUAUCUAUCUAUCUAUCUCAGUCUGUUCAUUAUCUAUCUAUCUAUCUAUCUCAUCUAUUCAUUAUCUAUCUAUCUCAUUCUGUUAUCUAUCUAUCUAUCUAUCUCAUUCUGUUAUUAUCUAUCUAUCUAUCUAUCUCAUUCUGUUAUUAUCUAUCUAUCUAUCUAUCUCAGUCUGUUCAUUAUCUAUCUAUCUCUAUCUCAGUCUGUUAUUAUCUAUCUAUCUAUCAUCUCAGUCUGUUAUCUAUCUAUCUAUCUCAGUCUGUUAUUAUCUAUCUAUCUAUCUAUCUCAGUCUGUUCAUUAUCUAUCUAUCUAUCUAUCUCAGUCUGUUCAUUAUUCUAUCUAUCUAUCAGUCUGUUCAUUAUCUAUCUCUAUCUAUCUCAGUCUGUUCAUUAUCUAUCUAUCUAUCUAUCAGUCUGUUCAUUAUCUAUCUAUUAUCUAUCUCAGUCUGUUCAUUAUCUAUCUAUUAUCUAUCUCAGUCUUUCAUUAUUCUAUCUUUCAAAGUCUGUUCAAAAUCUAUUGAUCUUUCUAUCUCAGUCUGUUCAUUAUCUAUCUAUCUAUCUAUUGGUCUGUUCAUCUAUUAUCUAUCUAUUAUCUAUCUCAGUCUGUUCAUUAUCUAUCUAUCUAUCUAUCUAUCUAUCAUCUGUUCAUUUGCCUAUCUAUCUCAGUCUGUUGGCUAAUCUAUCUAUCUCAGUCUGUUCAGAUUGUCUAUUUCUAGUCUGUUCAAUCUAUCUAUCUAAAAAAUUCAUUAUGCAUCUAUCUAUCUCAGGUGUUCAUAUAUUUAUGGGAUCUAAAUCUAUCUAUCUAUCAUUCUGUUAUCUAUCUAUCUAUCUCAGUCUGUUAAUAUCUAUCUAUCAACACUCAGAGGCAAUUAUCUAUCUUCAUCUAUCUAUAUCUAUCAUCACAUUUCUUUCUUUCUUUCUUUCUUUCUUUCUUUCUUUCUUUCUUUUAGAUUCAUUUUUCGUUCUAACUUCUUUGCAGUUUCUUUCUUUCUUUCUUUCUUUUAGAUUCAUUUUUCUUUCUUUCUUUCUUUCUUUCUUUCUUUCUUUUAGAUUCAUUUUUCGUUCUAACUUCUUUGCAGUUUCUUUCUUUCUUUCUUUCUUUCUUUUAGAUUCGUUUGCCGCGCUAACUCCCUUGAAGUCUCUUUCUUUCUUUCUUUCUUUCUUUCUUUUAGAUUCAUUUUUCGUUCUAACUUCUUUGCAGUUUCUUUCUUUCUUUCUUUCUUUCUUUCUUUCUUUCUUUCUUUCUUUCUUUUAG